AUGUCAAGUCAUUUCGUUGGGCCGAAUUCUCGAGUGGUCGCACUCGGAGCGGCGGGGAAGCUGGCGCAUCUGUCGAAAGACGAGAUCAGAAAUCUACCCUACCCACCCGAUGUCCUCCCUGGCGGCAGGGACGUCGCUACGCCCUAUGGCUCUAUCCGAGUCUUUGAGUGGGGUCACGAGGACGGAGAGAAGGUCUUGUUCCUCCACGGCAUCAGCACGCCGGUGAUUGCACUGGGCGACCUGGCACACGAACUCGCAGGCAAGGGGUACAGGGUCAUGUUGUUCGAUCUGUUCGGACGCGGCUACUCGGACGCGCCCGUCGACCUCCCGCACGACGCGCGGCUGUACACGACGCAGAUCCUGCUCGUGCUGGCCUCGUCUCCUCUGACGGGCUGGGGCUCCUUCCACCUUGUGGGCUACUCCCUCGGCGGCUGCCUCGCCGCCUCCUUCGCGCGCUACUUCCCGCACCGGCUGCGGUCCCUCGUCCUCGUGGCGGGCUCGGGCCUCAUCCGCCCCCGCCACGUCGGCUGGCAGAGCAGACUGCUGUACAGCAGGUCUGGUCUGCUCCCGGAGCCGCUCGUCCGCUGGCUCGUGAGGCGGCGGAUCAGGCCUGCGGCUGCUGAUGAACCGUCGCUGGCCGGCGGGCCUGCUGACAUCGUGGCCGCGGAGAGCAGCGGGACGACAGCGCAGGGAAGUGGUGGCAACGGGGAUGCGAGUGGAGGACGAGGGUUCGAUAGUGCAUCGAUCUCCAAAGACAGGCCGCACGUAAGUGUUUCACAUGUGGUAAGGUGGCAGAUCGAUCACCAUGAGGGGUUUAUCGGGGCGUUUCUGAGCACGAUCAGGUAUGCGCCUAUCUAUGCGCCGCAGGGGGACUGGGAGGUAUUGGCCCAUAUACUGGCUGAGAGGAGAGGAGCAGAUAAAAAAAUGGAAACAAGACCAAGGGGUCUGGAAGCGGGGAGGGUCUUGAUGAUUCUUGGGAAGGACGACCCGGUCGUGGUACCGUCGGAGACCAUUGGGGAUGCUGAGGCGGUUUUGGGGAGCGACGGCGUAGAGGCGGUGGUGUUGGACGCUGGGCACGAGGUUAACAUCAAGUGUAGCAGCGAGGUUUGUGGCCACAUAGACAGAUUUAUACACAGUGGGCGUAGUGUACAACAAACAGACUAA